AUGGCGGGUGUCUUCGGAGUAAUUGUUUCUGGCCGUACGGUAAGGCUUUCCAACGAAAUGAGCUCCAAAUACAAAUAAGUUCAGCCGGUGGAAGUAGUUCCAGUGUCGGAUACCGAGUUUACUUGCGAGAUUGUGAAUGCAGACUCAAUAAAUCACGUGGUUGUCUUCCUGACGGGCGCACAACCGUUUCCGGAUGGAAUUGGAGGCUCGGGUAGAUUGAAAUCAGCAAGAAGUUACCGGAUUGACGCUCAUUUCAGUGUACAUUCGAUGGCCAACGGCUGACGGCGGAAACUGGCAUUACCUUGGCUUCAUUUGUAAUCAGAAACCCAGUGUCAUUUUCAAAGUUGCACAGGUUUCGUCCUCAGACACUACUUGUUCUCUAAAAAGAGUUCCAGCUUCACAAAUCGGACGCGGACCACAGCGGUGUCUUCGAAAUGCAGAUGCAGGUAUACUCGAGUGGCUCCGCACAAAUCGGGAUUAAUGCCGAAAGGCUUUCGGUGAUAGAGGGACGGCAAGCUGCGGAAGGAACGCAAGCCAGUCAGCAGGUCAGUCCUUGUUCCUCCCGAUUCCAUAAUAAAUCAUCUGUCGUGUUGUAGUCGACGCUGGUGGAGUUUGCGGAGAAGAUGAUACGCAAUCUCAUCAACCACACCGAAUCCUUCUCAGUCCGCCUACCGAGUCCCUCCGGCGGUGAGUGUUUUCUGAUUCGUCCCGAAUAAAUAGCCAUUUGCAGGGUCUCAAGAGUACAUUCCGGUGACGGCCUUCCAAUCGUGGUACAACUCGUUCUCCCGUCGUUUCCAGGCGAAUCCCUACUUCUGGAGAGCACUCAGUGAUUCAUGAGACAAUGAGGUAUCGCUUUUCUGUCCUUUUAUCACUUCCCCUUCACAAAUUGAUCCAUUUCUUGUUCUAUCAAAAUGAAGUUCUUGAACAUUAAACCGGUCCUUCUCUUCCUGUCAAUGAAACAAGUUGCGAGAAACUUGUGCUCGAAAUAUUUGAGAGCAAUAACAGAUAUCGACUCGGUUCCUCAACUGUGAUAAGGUCAGUGAUAACGGAAAGGGCACUUUGCUCGCACCAAAUUUCCGCCGUUUUCCCCCACACAGUUUCCAGUUUUAAGAAAGUUCAAGUUUAAAAAAGUGUUGUUUGUAGCUCCUAAACUUUUUUGACUUCUUCUAUAAGUUCUUUCUCGCAAUGGCUCCCUUCUGAAACCCAUUUUUAGGCCCAUCUAUUCUCGACCCUUGCUGUUUUCCUUUCGCUUCUCUCCGUCUUUCAUUCUUUUGCGAUCUCUGUUUCCAACGCCUUCUCUGUCUGCUUUCUUUCAUUCAUUUCGUUUUUCUUUUUUGUUACCCUCACUAGAAAACCCAUCGUCUGCUCCCGUUACUCAGGGAAACCGCAGAAGAAAUCGCGUCUUUUCGAAAACAAUAUGAUAAGGAAGUUGUUAAUCUUUUCUUCUACUCGCGCACGUUUAUUUACGAGACGAAAAGUGAGCAAAUUGAAAUUACAAACUAAUUUAUUUUGGGCGCGCGCCAACUACAAAACACAGUUUUCUACGACGGGUACAAGUUGAGUGGAAACAGACAAAACCAUGUCUUUUGGUGAAGUGUGGAAAACGUGACGCUCUCGGAGCAAUGACCACCGUUUUUCGGAUCUUUGAGAAACCACAAAGAGUUGUGUAAACUCUUGAGACCAGUUUAAAAGACUUGGAAAGUGGAAAUGUUCCAGAUGAGCAUUCUGAAGUUGGCACAUUUUGGCACAUUUCUCUAAAAAAUUAUUCCGAGUUCUCCUAGUGCCUAACCCCUAUUUUUUCUUUUCCUUAUCCGCUUAUAAAUAGUUUAAAGCCGCAAAGUGAAACCGCUGCAAAAAAACCGUUGCCUUUCCACAUUCGGCCGCAAAUAAUUCAACAAAAAACCGAAUAGCGAAACAAAAGAGUGCCGUUCCUCCCCAAAUGGGACGGUCUCUUCGACGGCUCUGCCAUUCCAUGCUCUCCUCGCUCUCGUUUCUCUCCUGCUCCCUCUAUUUCAUCAUUUCUCCGCCGCCGCCGGCCGCCGAGACAUUUUUAAAAAAGCGGCGAGCAGAGAAGAGCAGCUCUGCACAUUUGCUCCGUUUUUUUUCGGUUCCACGACCUACUCGAAGAUUCUCACUCCACCCCCUCUUUUCGACUUCUCAUAUGGUUAAAAAUCGAGUUUUGAACCUGGUGACUCCGCGAAUCGGUUGCAGAUGCCUUCGCUAAUUCGAUUACGGUGCCACCGGUUACCUGUUUCCCAAAUUUGAUAUCAGUCCGUCAAGACUCCGCCCGCUUCCCCUCUGCUAAAUUCACUUUUUACCCUCUGCGCUAUUUGCUCUUGCACAGCCGUCGGAGAUCUCGUCCACUACACUGUUUGGACGUCCUGAUAUCAGUAUGUUUCAGUGACGUGAUCUGGGACGGGCCACGUGUGUGUUCCAAUGAAGUUUGAACUGGUUUUCAUGUCUGCACACAAUUUUGUGUCAGGCUGUGAUCGAAAUUGUGUCCGUGAGAAGAUUGCUCAAUGAAAGUCAUCUAGCUACGAGCCGUCGCGCACAUUUUGUUGUGCAGCUUCUUUCUUUUUUGCGCCCAGUUAUGAGGCACUGAAUUAUCAUCAUUUUGGGCGGGGUCGCAGAUGAAAUCUAGUAUAAAUAUAAGAGGAGAGGAUAUCAGAGAACGGAAGCCGUCGAGGCAGAGGAAAUCUAUUUUUCGCUUUGAGCACAGAAUUCUGCAUUCUCCUAAAAGAUACUUCGAAAUUUCGCUGAGAUUUAGACGGACAAAAAAUGACCUACUGUCGUUGAUCAUCAUCCUCUUGCGAUUCUUUCGAUAAAGCUAAUGCGAGAAAGUGACCUUCAAUAGUGUUGCCGUAAUUUCCACGAGAUGCUGUAUCCCAUUUAACUACAGUAACACUUUGUGCAGUGUGUAUUUGGUAGUUCAAAGUGUCAAGAUAACUUUAACGACCCAUUCCUCCGCCCGAUUGCUUCCCUCAGAAAGUGUGUAACUACGUUGUCGUAUGCAAAAGUCUCUCUUUCGAUCGUAUCUACAUCGAUCGUUUUCUGCUGGUACAGUGUUCGAGGAAAACAUAGCGUCAUUAUUGUCAUCUCCUCCAUUUCCCGACACUUUGUUUGCUCUUAUCAUUUCCCUUAUCAUCGUUUUCAUUUUCACCCCAAUAAUGCAGAGAUUCCCGCACUUAGUACGUGCGAUCAUUAUCAAAGAACGAAUGUUACAGACGAUUCGUCGACGGUAAAGCGGCGGCUCACCCCAAACAGCACGGAAAGAGGCAGAAACGUCAGAAGAAGCGUGGUCGUAUGCAUACUGGUUGUUGCACGAAAUUCGACACUCACGUCCUCAUAAUCGGUACGUCAUUGGCGCGAGCGGAUCGGGUUACUGUAGUUCGGUUCGGUUGAACAAGUAAAAGAAGGGAACGGGAGGAAUGGUCAGCUGAUAAGAAAUAAAGGAAGGGAGUGGAACUGGAACUGUACUGUAGGCGAUAUUCUGAAGAACGAGCGGGAUGUUUUGCAAGUUAAUUCUGCGAGAAAAUGUUGAGUAGAUCCAUCAUAAUCCAGGCAGACAACGCGUGUGUUGUCUGAACUUUUCGAAGAUGUGACACUUGAUACACUCGAGAAACUUGACACUUCAAAAAAUAUUUUCGAACUUCGCGGCUUUCAACAACACUGAAACGCGCGAAGUUUAGGCCUGAUUGUAAAAAACCUAUUUUUUGUUCUUUGAACUGAUUACGUCACAGAGGUCAUUCGAUUGUUGAUUCGCCAACUGCUCGCUCCCUUCCCAUUAACUGCCCGGUGCACAAUGUUUUCCGCCGGCUCGAUCCCAAUCAACUGAAUGUUUGCAGGCAAUGGACCGGCCGGGAUUGCCCUCUCCGCCUUUCUCUCCGGAAUGCAUCCGUUCUACGACGCCAAACACCCUCAUCAGAAUCCGACUGUGCACGAGAAACUGCUAGCCAACCAGGAGUUCUCCCUUAUAGAUCAGGUAAUCCAUUUGGACACUGAUCCUCACGUCAUCAUGGAAACAAGAAAAUGUGACACACACGAGAAGACGCAAAAAGAGAGAAACCUGCCUUGGGAAAAUGCUGACAAAUACGAGAAUCUAGCGAGUGUUACUGGACGGGAGAGCGCAGAGAAAGCGGCUUGGUCGCUGGUUGUUGAUGCUCUUCGCGCCGAGUUGGGCCUCUCCGCCAUCAGAGUCGUGCGCGCUUUUGCAACAUUGCUUUCGCGGGGACGCUGGAUAAUCAGUGAGGCCAAUGGUCAAGGUCGUUUCGAAGUGAGACGAAGAGACACACGCGUGACUUUUUGACCGUGCCGGGUGGUCGGAAUGGUCAGAAAGUGCCGACGUGGCAAGAUCGGGUACAUAAAAGAAGCAGAAGGCACGAGGAUAUCACGGGACGGAGAGAGACUGUUUUCGGAAGAAACUCGUGAUGGAAUCGGGAGGAAAGGGAAACCAAACAGGGGUACUGUACUCUCCGGAAGUAGUUCUCUCUCUCUCUCUAAGCACAUGCGUAGCCAAAAAAGGAAAAACAAAGUCAGGGAAGUUUCCGGUAUCGGGUAAACAGAAAGGUCUCCUGUACUCCCGAACGAAAAGAGAUUAUAUCCGUCUCUCUCUGUGUGUGCGUGUGUCUAAAAAUUGUCUACGCGGAAUAAUUCCGCAUCAAUGAUCGAGAUGUGAACUUGCUACCAGUCUUUGAAAAGUACUCACAAAGUGCGAAAUUCGACUGGCCACCUUCGGAAUAAACCGUUUCCAGGAUCUCUCCUGGUCAACUAACCUGACGGAGCUCUCUCAAUCUGGCCGUCCCCUCUCAGUUCUCUAUGACAUGCUAGUCCGACCAGGGGCAGACACGGGCUCCGAUGCUCCCGGAUGUCUCCAAUGGGAGCUGGACAGAGCACGCGAAAUACCGCAUAUGGUGAUCGGAGAAACAAAGAUCGGCGGAAGUUGGAACGAAUAUGAUCCGGAGAUGUUGACUGUAUCGUUCAGUGAUUGGAUGGAUAUGCCAGGGUUCACAAUGGAGCAGUGGUUGGGAGGAAGACCUCUCGUCAAGCGGUAAACAGGGAAAUGCUUCUUUCUUUUCACUAUAUCUUCUUCCUCUGCAGACUCCCUUCGUGUGCAAUCGCCACUUACCUCAAGAAGUACGUGGAGAAGCUGAGGAUCCGCAAGAAGUUCCACCAGUUCUUUGUCGUGACUACAAUCAGAAAGAUCGAUGACGUCUGGAUUACCGAAGGAAUCCGGAGCACAGACGGAAGACAGUUUGUUAUCAGAUCGAAGACAGUGGUGGUCGCCAGCGGGAAAACGAGCCCGAGAAAGCUCGAAGUAAGCUAUACCUGUUUGAUAUUGCUAGAAGUCUUCAGAAGGUUAUAACCCUUUUGUAAUAUUUUCCUCUCCUGAACGUUCUCUCAUUGAGUGUCUUUUUCAGCUACCCAACGAGGAACACUGCGCUUCAAACAUUGUGUACGACGUGCGAACACUGAAAGAGAGACUGGACGCAACGAAGAAGACUGUCGUCGAUGAGGAAAAUUACAGCAGACCGUGAGUGAAAAAUAUUUAGAUGGAAGUGUUCAUAAGUUAAACAGUUACAGAAGCACGUCCGCGUCUGCUCCGGUGAUUGUUGUGGGCGAUGGAGUCUCUUCAGUGGACUGCGUGCGGCACUGUCUGGAGAGAGACAUUCCUGUCGUGCACGUAAUCCGAAGGAAUCUCAGAGAGCUUCGAAGUGAGUGCAAUCAGAAUAAAAUAUAUCGCUUUUUCAAUCUGUGCUUUUCAGACGUAAUGCUGUCUCGUCUGUCGCCUAUCCACUAUUCCGAGUACACUGACAUCUACCGCAUGAUGAUCGGCCGUUCCACGCACAAGCACUACCAACGCAUUCUAAAUGCCAACGUCACCGCCAUCUCGAAGAUCCACGUGGAAAUCACGACUCCCAACGAGACAAUCGAAAUGCCCUACUCAACAGUGGCCGUGUGCAUCGGCCGAGAGUCCCACUUCUCUCAAGUUUUUGACUCUCCACCCUCUUUCCUCGACUACCGGAGCCAGCAGGACGACACCCUUUUCGCCGUUGGAGCAUUCGCCGGAGACCACUUUGUCCGUUUCCUCGUGGGCGGGUGUCUCCGAGUGGCGCAACACAUCACUGGAACUUAUUGUGUUAACAAUAAUGUAGUUGGUAAACUGUCCCUUUGUGCAUGA